AUGGCAUCAUCGCAGGUUGACAGCUUGAAGCCGGGUGACCCGCGCGUUCAGCACUUGGACGCUAAGAUCGGGCCCUACAAUUAUCACUAUAUGCUCGCAACACCGGACAACCCAGUAGCUACCAUUCUGCUCGUGCAUGGAUGGCCCGAUCUGGGCAUGGCAUGGCGCUACCAGAUUCCCUUCCUGACCUCCCUUGGCCUCCGCGUCAUUGCGCCUGACAUGCUCGGAUAUGGCAAGACUUCAGCACCCGCCGACAAGGCCGAGUAUACAUUCAAGAAGAUCAGCGGCCACCUCAAGGAGUUGGUGGAGCAGGUAGUCGGCAAGGGCGAGCAGAUCAUUCUCGGUGGCCACGAUUGGGGUGCCAUGGUCGUGUGGCGUCUGGCCAUGUGGCACCCAGACCUGGCGUUUGCAGUGUUCGCGCUGAACGUGCCAUUCAUGCCCCCCAACCCUCAGCAUAUUCCUCUCGAGGCUCUGGUACAAAAGGUGCCGAGCUUCAAGUACCAACUUCAGCUUGCGAGCCCCGUCGCCGAGAACAUCGUCAACAAGAGCCCGGAGAGGCUGAGACAGUUCCUCAACGGCAUGUACGGAGGUACGGGCCCGAACGGCGCGAUAUUCAGCGCCGAAAAGGGACUCAUUGAAGAGAACAUGGACGGUGUUGGUGAGGCAAAGAUCAUGUCGCAGGAGAUGGUGGACUUCUAUGUACAAGAGUACAGCCGAAACGGUAUGCACGGUCCAACAAACUGGUACCGCACUCGCGAUGCCAAUUACGAGGAGGAGAAGCCCUUUACGCAGAUCGAGGGCGGCUUCAAGUUCAAGAUUCCAGCGAUGGUGGUCAUGGGCGAGAAGGACAUCGCGCUGCCGCCAAGUCUUGCAGAUGGUACGGAGAAGUGGUUCGAGGCUGGGCUCAAGAAGGAGGUUGCGCUGGGCGUUGGACACUGGGCUAUGUGGCAAGACCCUGCGACCAUCAACAAGUAUAUUGGCGAGUUUUUGGAGAGUGUUCUAGGCGACAAAGUCAAGGGAAAGUUGUGA